UUUGGCAGGUGCUGUUUUUCCUCGCUGGUUGUUUUGACCCUGGAGUACACACGAGCACGUGGGCUGUGUGUCUGCGAGGUUCGCCAGACCCGAGGAGCUUGUUGUUCCCGGUGGUUUUGUCUGAGUUGGGGAAACAGCUGACGAACAGUUGGUGAAACGAGUCGGGCAGGUCUUGGCCCGGGCUGGUAGAGGAGGCGGCUGUUUCUGUUGGGUGCCAGUGUCUGAGUCCCUCUCGGUGUAUGUGUGGUAACAACAUGUCUGUCCCCCUCCUCGCUGAUGCAGUGACUGUCUCAGGGGCAGAGCGGGAGACUGCCGCGGUCAUUUUUUUACAUGGCCUUGGAGACACGGGGCACAGCUGGGCUGACGCUCUCUCCUCCAUCCGCCUCCCCUACGUGAAAUAUAUUUGCCCUCACGCGCCCCGGAUCCCGGUGACCCUCAACAUGAAGAUGGUUAUGCCCUCUUGGUUUGAUCUGAUGGGCUUGACUCCAGAUGCACCUGAGGAUGAAGCUGGGAUCAAGAAAGCCGCAGAAAACAUUAAAGCAAUUAUCGAGCAUGAGAUGAAGAAUGGGAUCCCACCCAACCGCAUCAUCCUGGGGGGCUUCUCGCAGGGCGGUGCCUUGUCGCUGUACACGGCUCUCACCUGCCAGCACCAGCUGGCCGGCAUCGUGGCGCUCAGCUGCUGGCUCCCGCUGCACAAGGCCUUCCCGCAGGCGGCGAAUAACGGCGUGAACAAGGACAUCGCCAUCCUGCAGUGCCAUGGGGAGAUGGACCCCAUGAUCCCCGUCCGCUUCGGGGCCCUCACUGCUGAGAAGCUGAAAUCUGUCGUCACCCCCACCAAGGUCCAGUUCAAAACCUACCCCGGCGUGAUGCACAGUUCCUGUCCUCAGGAGAUGAUGGCGGUGAAGGAGUUCAUCGAGAAGCUGUUGCCCCGGAUCUAAGCGGAGCCAAUCAAGAC